ACUAAAGGAAUGUUACGUAGUGAUGCCUACUCACUCACUGUCUUCUUCCUUUCUCGAUCCCUGUGAGAGAUUCAUCUCUUCUUGCUUUUUCUUCUUUGAAAUUCUUCACUCUUCAAAUUAACAACAUUUAUCCUGUAACAAUCACGUGAAAUUUAUUUAUCUUUCUUUUUUUUAAAAAAAACAUUAACAUUUUAUACUCAAUCUUUACCACUAGACUAAAACAUAAUUAAUCGAACAUGAUUAUAUAUAAUUAAUUUAAUUUCUGGCAGUGGCUAGCUUAUCUUGAAGUUGAGUAUUUAAAUCAAUCUCCCACAUUCCUUACCACCUGUUAUUUGUCUGCUUACUGAUUGUUCUUUGAGAGAGAGAGAGAGAAAAUGCUGGGAAACUGUGAGAAAAUGCUGGGAAACUGUGAGAAAAUGGUACUCAUCUCUUCACCUUCUAAUGAAUGGCCACUGCAGAUAGAUGAUCCAAAAGGGACCUUCAACUACAACAACAACAACAACAACAACAUGGCCUCAGUAGCAACAGCAGCCGCAGCGACAAUCAGAACUGGUGUAGGGGAAAGAGUCAUGGAUCAGAAAACUGCAGCGAUUGCGCUGCAAGAUCAGCAACAGCAAAAACAACAGCAGCAACAGCAACAACAACAGCAACAACAACAACAGAACCAGGAGGCAUUAAGAUGUCCACGAUGCGACUCGACGAACACGAAGUUCUGCUACUACAACAACUACAGCUUAACACAACCAAGGCAUUUUUGCAAGGCGUGUAAGAGGUACUGGACUAGAGGAGGUACUUUAAGAAAUGUUCCUGUAGGUGGUGGUUGUAGGAAGAACAAAAGGGUUAAAAGACCAUCUAACAACAACAACAGCAACAUUUCUACUACUACUUCUUUGUCUAAUCCUAAUAUUACUAGUAGUAAUACUCUUGAAGGUUCUGUUAAUUCAUCUUCUGGUGGUGGUGGUGGUGGUGGUGGUGGUGGUGCUGCUGGUUCCGGUGCUCAAAUUCAUGACUUGAUGUCUUCGGGUUCGAAUCACCAUCCUCAUAUGUCGUACUAUGGGUUACCCACUAAUUCUGACAUCAAUUUCCCUUUCUCAAGGUAUGAUCUUCAAAACCCACAUCAUCAUCAUCAAAUCAAUGGGCUUGGAUUAGGGUUUUCAUCAGGGUUGGUCCAUAAUAUGAAUAGUAUGAACAUUCAUAAUAAUAAUAAUAAUAAUAAUAGUAAUAGUAAUAAUAACAAGCAGAUUUUCCAAGAUUUGAUCUCAUCAAACCCUUUACUUUCUCCCAACACAUCAACAACUACUAUCACUACUGCUACUGCUACUACAACUUCACCCACAAUAUCUUCUCUUUUGGCUUCUAUGAAGGGAGGUAGUAUUAACAAUCAUUUUCAGACACUAUUGCCCUCGUACGAAGAUGAUCUCCACAUGAAAGGAAAUGGGCAAAAUGGUCCUAAUGUGAAAAUGGAAUUUGAUGGUCAAAAUAGGUCAAUGGAUCAUCAUCAUCAUCAUCAUCAUCUGCAUCAACAAUGGAAUACUCAAGCUCAUCAAAAUGGAAUAAAUCAUCAUCAACCAUUAUCCAUGGUAUCGCCUUCGGAUCCGUCCAUUCUUUGGGGUAAUGCAGGAGCUAAUCUUGGUGCUUGGCUUAAUCCUUCAGAAAACAACAAUCUUGGGUCUUCAGUUCCUUCUUUGAUCUAAGGACUUUCUUUUUCAUCAUCUCCCUCUUUGUUCAUCCUACCCAAAAAAACCAAAAAAAACAAACAAAACUAAGAAAAGGGAAAGUUGGGUGUAGGUUUUUUUUGUUUCUUUUUUUUUCUUUUGGGUUUUAAAUAUGGGAUUUUGUCUGGUAAUUGGUGAUUUUUGAAACCACAUAGAAGGGGAAACGUAACAUAAUGGGGGUACGGUAUACUGGAGAAAUUAAAAUGGGAAGAGUUUGGAUCGGAUCGGCGCGUUCAUGUCAGCAGCAGUUAGAUAUAAAGAAUGCUUCAACCCUAUAUAUGCUACUCUUGAAGCUAAGGUUGAGUUUGCGCUGAGAGGAACCUCGGAUCCGAUUUCGCCGUCCUAGACGACAAUGAUGAUGAUGACAUGAAUGUAAUGGAAGUUUAGGUUGUCAUCAUCAUCAACAACUGCAAACACAUUAUAUUGUGGAGGAGAGUAUAAGAGAUCCACUGGUAUACUACUUUGAUAUAUGGAUCAUGGAUGCAACAACUUCAAACUUUAAGCUAAGGUUAAUUCCCAAAUUAAUUAUAUGUAUAGUACUAGUAGUUGUUUUUAACUAAAAUGAGUUUAAUUUUGUUGUUAAUUAAGGAUUAGAGGGGUUGGGGGUAUAUGGUAUAGAGCUCCUCAGGUUAGGAGAGUAGAAAUGAGGAACUCAUACAUUUUCCUAUGUAACUUUAUUUUUAUUUUCUUAUUUUUUUUUUAUUUUGGGGAAAUGGUUUGGUAUAAUGGUAUAGUAAAUGAGGGAGAUUAAUUGGUUAUUCAAUUAUGUGGUUGUUUUGAAUUAUUGAACUUAAUUGUGUCCUUUUUUCA